AUCCCAAUUCGGUCAGUAAACUGCGAUCAUCUUCAGUGCUUUGACCUGUCCUCCUAUUUAACUAUAAAUAAACGGCGGCCAAGGUGGAAUUGUCCGGUGUGUAGUCUCCCAUCUCCAUUUCGAGAUCUGCGACGUGAUGACUUUUUUCUCCACCUCCUGAAGAACAAGACUCUCUCUGACGCCGAACAUGUGAAGGUCGAUGCUGAAGGUAAUUGUCGAAAAGUUAUAACCGAUUCCACCGCUCCGAGCAAUGGUGGUAAUGGCGACUCAAAUUCGCACAAGCCUCAACGUAACGGUGAUGGUAGUGGCGAUGGUGGAAGCAAUGAUUUUCCACCCUCAAUGAGCCCCUUUAAGACGGAUCCCUCCUCACGCCAGCGAGGUCCGCACCUCCAAUCUGCGCCGUCAUCAUCAACUUCGCCACCACGAAGACGCCCACCGUCGCCUUGCAUCCUCAUCAUCGACGACUCCGAUUCUGAUAAGGAGGCAGAGGAGAAGGCAGCGAAGGAGAAGGCAAAAGAGGGGAAUGUCACUACUGCACCUAACUCACUAACCACUCAACAAGCCCAACCCAUAGCGUCACCACUACCCACGAUUCCAGCUUUUGCUCCUGCUGCUCCACCCAGUGCCCCUUCACUGGUACUCCCAAUGCCAAUUCCUUCUCAAACUUUUUGUGGCGAUCUCGUUGUGGAUUUGACGGAGCUUUCAGACGAAAGUGAUGAUGACCCACCACUCCCAAAAUCACCCAGAACAGCGGCGCCACCUCCUUCUCCUCCCCCUCCACCGCCCUCUCUUCCUCCACUUUCUUCAUCAGCUUCUCCGCCUCCUGUUCCAGCACAGACUUCUUGUGCCCCACCUCCAUCACUCCCUCCACCUCUUCCUCCCCCUCCUCCUUCUCCCACUGUCACUCCUUCACCCUCACUUCCAACUUCAGCAGUAGCGGCCGCCGUGACGUCGCGUCCUCCGAUUCUAGUCAUUCCAACAGAAACUCCAACUUCUACUGUUACCACCAUCAGUGCUCCACCCAACGUUACUGUCACUACUGCGACAGCGAUUAGCCACCCAGCUGCCCCUGUAUCCAGUGAAAUUCAGACCCGUCUGUUUGCCCCUCUAACUGCAGUUUCCGGGAGCCGAAUUCUCUUCCUUUCUAAUCCGCAACCCAUAUCCACGUCGAAUGUUCCGCCUUGUUCAAAUGCUGCAGUUGUUGCCCGCAAUGUUGUAACCACGGCAACUACAAUGACAGUAUCGUCUGCCGCUGUGACUGUCGCCUCCGUCACGCCUAGUAACACGGCUAAGCGACCUUUAAUUACAACCACCUCUACUGCGGUAAGUGGUGGCACUCAAGAAUCCAACGUAACUGCUCGUUCUGGACGGUUUAAAAUCACUGCCAAGAGACGAUGCGUCCUGUCUUCACCAGUGUCGAAUUCUACCGAUGGUUCUGCAUUGCCCGCAAGUCCAGUGGUGAUAAUUUCACCGCCCUUGGUUACCGCCACGUCAAAUCCUCCGGCUGCAGCAAUAACCACUGUUGCUGCACGACAUUCAGCACCGGCUUCUACGCUCAUAACAACUACUGUCCUUCCUCCUUCUGUUCCUGCACAUUGUCUUCGCUCAUCGCGUCAAACAAUUCAACUUCCAACAACACCCUCCAAAUCUGCUGCAGCACGAGGACGUGGUCGUGGACGUCGUCGUGUCUUCAUUGACGAUGGUGCCAGUGAUGUUACAACAUCGGCAGGGAUAGGAAACAUUGGUGGAACAUUUGAACCGUCUCUCUCCUCUACCUCCACAGGAGCGAUCUCCGAAGAGAAUGCAGAAGAUGAGACGCAUGAUGACGAGGAGGACGAUGAAGAAGGCGAGGAAGAAGAUGACGAUGAUGAUGAUGACUGGACACCUGGGGCUUCCUCCUCUAGUACCACUCCAAACUCAUCACGUCGAAGAUCUGCUGCCACAACAUCAUCGUCAAGACGCAGACCGUUGAGUACGAUCGGUGCGGAUGGGUCUCGAAGUAGAAGAGGAUGA